AUGUCUACUCCUCUGGUAUCUACACCAGUGAAGACCCAUCAUGGGAUCUUCUCAACAAAAGUGGCUGGCGGCCGCAUGCCCCUCACACCAUCCCCCCGCGGACGGAGGGACAGCGUCGCCUCCAACAACUCCUCCCCUUUCACUCCUCCUCGACAAGAGUCCGAGGCAACUAAAGACCAAGCACGCUCUGUCUAUGGCGGCAACCUUUCCUCAUACUUUGCGAAAUCCUCCAAGCCUGUCGCUCGCACGUCUCGGGCCUACCGCGAGUCCCCCAAAUCCAACAUUGCCCGCACCCGCAAGUCCCCCAAGCACCUCGAGCUUGGUGUCUCAGAGUGGUCUUUGACUGGAACGGGUCCCUCAUCCAAUCAGACACCAUCAAAGGAGCGCCUGCGGAAAGAGCCUGCUCCCAGUCGCCCACGGGCAGGCAAGACAACCGUCCGGAUUUCACACAACGCUGGGGAUCGGUUCAUCCCCAACCGUACUGCGAGUGAAGGUCUUAUAACUGCAGGUACUGCAAAGCCCGAAGAGAGCCAGAGGCCAAAGACCAGUGGCAGCGAUAAGGGUUCUAAUGUGCUUGCUAGUGCGGCGAGUGCCUUUGACAUUGGUGGCCGUGGAACCGACGAAGACCUCACUGCAGCUUUGGAAAACCUUGGUCUGGAGGAUGAAGAGAGCUCGAGUUCUUACACAAAGCCGGCCCCUGAUGCUGUCGCCUAUGAAUCCUCAUUAGCCAAUGCCUGUGGAGUGAACCUAAACACUCGAAUCCUCGCCUUCAAGCCACCGCCUCCUGAGUCGUCCAAGCCAAUUGAUCUGCGUGCUCAAUACAACCGUCCCCUCAAAUCCAACAAAUCCAACCCGGCUCAAUUCCGCCGCAGGGUCCAAACUGCGCCCGAGCGUGUUCUCGAUGCUCCUGGUCUUCUUGAUGACUACUACCUCAAUCUGUUGGAUUGGAGUUCCGGGAACCAGGUCGCCAUUGGCCUAGAGCGGAACGUAUACGUAUGGUCUGCCGAUUCAGGGACUGUCAGCUGUCUGUUGGAGUCCUCUCCUGAUACCUACAUCAGCAGUGUCAAGUGGAGCGGUGACGGCUCCUACGUCGGCGUCGGCCUGGGUACUGGUGAGGUGCAAAUCUGGGAUGUUGAAGAGGGUACCAAGCUCCGCAGCAUGUUCGGACAUGAGUCUCGCGUUGGUGUCAUGGGCUGGUCUAAGCACACUCUCUCGACCGGUGCUCGCAGUGGUCUCGUCUUCAACCACGAUGUCCGCAUUGCACAGCACAAGGUGGCUGAGCUUGUCUCCCACACCUCCGAGGUCUGCGGUCUCGAAUGGAGAUCCGACGGUGCUCAGCUUGCCACAGGUGGUAACGACAACCUAGUCAACAUCUGGGACGCCCGCUCGCUAAGCGCCCCCAAGUUCACCAAGACCAACCACCGUGCCGCUGUCAAGGCUCUUAGCUGGUGCCCCUGGCAGCUCAACCUCCUCGCCACCGGUGGUGGUUCUUACGACCGUCACAUCCACUUCUGGAACACCACGACCGGUGCGCGCACCAACAGCAUCGACACAGGCUCCCAGGUCACCAGUCUGCGAUGGAGCAACCACUACCGCGAGAUCGUUAGCUCUAGCGGUUUCCCUGACAACUCCCUCAGCAUCUGGAGCUACCCAACUCUCGUCCGCAAUGUCGAGAUCCCCGCUCACGAGACCCGUGUUCUGCACAGCUCCCUCAGCCCCGAUGGCCAGCUUCUCGCCACUGCCGCCGCCGACGAGAGCUUGAAGUUCUGGAAGGUCUUUGAGCGCAAGGCUGGAACCAGCGCCGCGGCAUCUCGCGAGGGCGGCGUCGGAAGCAAGGCGCAAAUGACCAAGUCGAUGACCAUUCGGUAA